UCUGUUUUAAAUCCCCUGCAAAGGCGGUUUGUGGGAUUUUAAAUCCUUCAACAGUGGGAGGUGAACAUAAUUCCAGCAAAGCUUGUUCUGCAAUGAACUACAUUUCCCACACACUGCUUGGCUCAUCCUUGACCGGAGAGGAGAUUGGCUGUCUGCUACAGAUUACAGGCAGACGUCGGCUAAAUGAAGCAAUAAGGAUCGGAGGAUCCUUUCAUGUCAUCCCUGUGUGGACUCAGCAUGGAGCAUGAGGAGGAGGAGGAGGAACACAGCCUGGAGGAGAAAUUUGCCGCUGCGGUUAAAGUGAUCCGGACUUUGCCAGAAGAAGGUCCUUUCCAGCCCUCCGAUGACAUGAUGUUGAUGUUUUAUAGUUACUAUAAGCAGGCUACCACGGGGCCCUGUCAGAUCCCGAGACCAAAUGGCUUCUGGGACAGUCGAGGAAAAGAUAAAUGGGAUGCAUGGAGCUCUCUGGGAAACAUGACAAAAGAGGAAGCCAUGAAGAACUAUGUGGAGAACAUCCAGCUGAUUUUGGAGACCAUCCCAAUCUCAGAGGAAGUUACAGAACUGGUUCAGAGGCUAGGCAACUUCUACACUCAAGUGGAUGAAGAGGAAGAGGAGGAAGGAAAUGAAAUAGACAAGAGACCCUUUACCAGACCUUUUGCAGAGCAUGCAGGGGAGCUGGUUAAACAGUUCAAGAAGCCAACACUGGAGGGCUAUGGGGAUCUUUGGGAGGACAUACAAAACGUCCAGGAGAAAGACAGAGACGGCAUCGUGCCUGGACAAGGUAUGAGCAGCGAGGAGGCAGAAGGGAGGAAAACAAAAAAAGAGGAAAACGAGAUUUGGAGGAAAAAUGAAGAGAGUGAGAAUUGGAAUGAUGAAUUCAGUGACAAGAAUGGAGAGAUAAGAGGCUGGGACCCAGACCCUCACUUUUUAACAGUGCAGGACUGGAGUUGGAGGUCUGAUACUAAGGGGUCCUGCAGCAGCUUGGAGCCUAGCAUGUCCUCCUUCACCAACGGCACGCACAGCUCGCUCAACAGCGGGGUGGAGGAGGAGGAACUGGCUUGCUCCAUGGAGCCUGCUGUGCAGUAUAACCACUGCAUGCAUUUUAAUGGAUACAUCAAUGACAACCCAUAUGCUGAUCCUGAGAGGAACCAUCGCCCCAUAGAUUCGGACAAUGAGGAAUUUUGUGACUCAAUGGAGCAUCUAGCAAUGGAAGAGAUGUGCAUGCAACGACUGUCUCCAUCAAAAGGUCGAUCACCCGGGUCAGGAGCAGCGUUGGUGAAGACGAGCGAUGUUUGGUUUGAGAGCAGCACAACCCUGAAAGAAGCUAAAGAUGAAAUACCAGGAGGAGGUUUCUACAUCAAAGAAAGAGUGGGUCCAAGCGGACACAGCAGCUCCUUAUCAAAAAGAGAAAUAGGUUUGCAUUCACCAACAACCACCUACAGCCCUCCACGUUGUGUAAGUGCAGGCGGUGAGUGCAGCUGUGUGAUACAAAGCAGACAUCCUGUCACUGUUACCAGGGGAAACGCAGAUAAGCAAAUAGCAGCUGCUCUGAUGAAGCUGCAGCACAACAUGACCAACGUGCUGCACAGGCUGCAUGCUCUGGAGGAGCUGACUAGAUCACAGUCAAGAUCCUCAUCUCCAAGACAAGACGGCAUUUUAUCCGUCGCUCGAAAGUUCCUCAAAAGAUUUAGGUGGCCUUUUCACCUGUCUCCACUCACUGUGGCGUUGGUGGCCGUCUGGCCUCUGAUCAGCCACUGGCUUGUUCAACUCUAUUUCCUUCGCAAAAGAAGGAGAAUUCUGUGAGAAGUCUGAUGGUUAACGGGGAUCAAAGAUGCACUGUUGUUGCACUGUGGCUUGUUUUAAGCCAACAUCCCAAAUGAAGGAUGUUGAAGCUUGGAGGAAAAGAAAACUUUUCCGAAGAGGAAACCUUUUAGAAAAGCGUGAAACUGGCUUAUUAUUGUCUGAAAUGUGAGCCCCAUCACCAGCACACUGUUAACGGUAUAUUUGAAUGUUUUAGGAAUGUAUGAAUUUAUCAGUGUUAAAUCUGUUUUAUUUUUAGAUAUUUAAAGACUUUGGGGGACUUCUGCAAACGCCACAUGCAAAAUUCAUGUAACAAGUAUUUCGUUUAAAUUAAGGCUGUAUUUAAUUUGUCAAUACAGUGAUAAGCUGCUGGUAAGAAGUAAAAAUCUUCAUCCUUGUUUUUGUAGAAAUGGUUUGUGUAAUAACAAUCAAAAGAAAAAGUGAUGCUUUGUAAACAAAUGAAAACGGAUGAAAGGGCAUGGAAACACGAUGGCAACUAAGGGACUAUAAAGAAAGAAAUCUUAAAAAGCUGGAAUAAGUGUUAGUGUUUAUAACCUAAUAAAUCUUUUGCUAUGUAAACCUUAUGGGAGUAGAGACAAUCUGUAUUAGCCUUAUCUAAACAAUCGUCUUACUAGUUUUGCAGAUGAAAAGAAGAAAUUGCACAUUAAUCUAAUUGUCAUACCUGACUGCAUGAAAAAAAGUAGAAUAUAUAAUAAAACA